AUGUACCAGCAGCAGGGAGGCAGAUACAAUGCUUAUACUACUCAGGCAGGACUGCCGAACUUUGAAUCCGUCUUCUCUACGAGCAUGGGCAUGUCCCCAAAUCAAACGCAGACAUACAUCAACCCACAGCAGAGCUAUUCGCCUAUGCUAAGGAGAGAAGAAGCACCCCAACAGCCCAUUAUAAAUAACCCGUAUUCAUCCAUAUCUUCCUUAAUAACGCCAGACUCUCAUGGGGCUACAAUAGCAACAAACACAUAUCUAAAUCCAGCUCCUAACGUCUCUCAAAAUCGACCUGCAUCGGCACCCUCAGAUAUCUAUCAUCCUCGUCCUAUACACUACAGGCAACAAGGACCAGGCUCUGAACGAACGCCAUACAUCCCCCCACUCCAGCAACAAUAUAAUCCCAACGACCACGACCAUGCCGUUGAACAGCACUCUGACAAUGGAUCUGACGACGGCGAUAAUGAUGCUGGGGGUGACCAUAAUGCUAGUGGUGGGAAUGGAAACGAACCAGAUGGAUCUUCUGACGACUCGGUGUUGGCAGUCCGUGCAAAUCUGUCUCGUCAUGUCUCGUCGGUUAUAUCGCACUUUACGUCAAACAAGGAAGGAUAUCAGCGCUUGCUAACUGAAUUGGACGAUAUAUUGUAUGUCAUGAACCCUAAUGGAGUCAUCUUGUUUGCUGCUCCAUCUGUCACAAAGUAUUUGCAAAAGGAUGUUACAGAGUUGAUUGGUGCUAGUUUGAGUGAUCAUUUGCAUCCUGAUGAUAUUGGUACUGCUAAAAAACACUUGAAGAAUUGUGCUGAUACGAAGGGUGAAGUGCAAUUCUAUGCCCGCUUCACACGUAAAACAAACCAGCCACUGCUACUCGAAGUUCGAGCUCGACCGUAUAACGACCCAAACGGAAUAGUCCGUUUCAUCAUCGCAUCAGCACGAGAAUACAAGACUCGAGGCUCUGUAUCGAUUGAUUCCAUAGUCGAACUUCGUAUAGAAAACCUUCGAUUACGUCGAUUACUAGAACUAGCUGUACAUCAACAAGGAUUAGAUCCACGUGCUCAUCCGCUAUUAAAAGAUUUGGCGCUGGAACCUAGUCCAAAUCUGGAAGCUCCUGAAGCUGAUUUCGUGGAUGUUAAGCUUGGAGCUGCAAAUGAAACGAGGCAGGAAAGUCCUGGUGGAAGUAGUCUGAAGCGACCUGGUGAUAUACCAAUGAUCCAGAAUCCUUCCAAGAAGUCAAAGCCCACUCAGGAAUUAUUCUGUCGGCAAUGUGGUACUACUAGCUCGCCUGAAUGGAGGAAGGGACCAGAUGGACCGAAAACGUGA